GCCAAAGUAAAGUCUAUUUAAUCAUUUACCUCAACAAUCGUUAGCAAUCAGCUAUAUGUAAAAGAAAGGCCCGUUAUACUGUUUCAAGAGUAUAUAUUAUAAAUUACUAAAAAGCUCGUCGCCUAUUAUUUCGAAUUGCUUCUGGGAGUUUUGACAGAAGCUGGACAUUGAGUUGAAUUCGAAAGCUACUUAAUCUUUUUUAAUAGUGAAGGCAUUAAAACAAAUAUGAAGGAAUGCUCUUUAAAAAAUCAAAACAAUGGCAGUAACAAUGCGUCAGAAGUCCCUAAUGCAGAGAAUGGGCCAAGUAAAGAUCUGAAGAAAGUACAAUUCCCCCCUAAAAUCGUACAACCGGAACCAAAAGAGCAAGAAGGAAAACCUCGUAGACCUUCAAUUGCAGCAACUAGGGAGAUUCACUCCGGUAUAAAUCAGCUGCCUAAAAAGGAAGACAUAAAACUUGAAGAAUUAGAUUCAAAGGCUCCAUUACUGGAUGCGAAAACGAAACCCAAUGUUGGCAAAUGGUUUCCCUCUAUUCGAGAAGAAGACGGUGGAUCGACUCCGUUGGGUGUGAAAACAAGGAAGACUGCUAGACAUCAAAUUCGCCAAGAGUCAACAAUUGACAUUCCUGGCCUCACUGUGUCUAGAAAAGCCGAAAACGAAAUGAAUUGUGGAUCUUAUGGCAUUAGAGAAAAGCUGGUGAUUGUGCUUGUAGGAAUCCCUGCGACAGGAAAAUCAUAUAUCGGCUCCAAACUUGUUCGGUACUAUAAUUGGCUUAGAUACAAUUGUCGAUUCUUCAGCGUUGGUGACAAGCGUCGUGAAGAAGGAGCCAGUAAGUAUUCCAUGGCUGCCCCAUUCUUUGAUAUCGAAAACGAGGAAUUGAAAAAGUUUCGCGAGUACUUGGCUAUGGAGACCCUUGAAAACUUACUACAUUGGUUAUUGAAUGAAAAUGGAGUUAUCGGCGUACUGGAUGCCACCAACUCAACUUAUCAAAGAAGAAAAUUGAUAUAUGAUCGAGUUAGCAAGGAAGAAAAUAUCAGCAUAAUGUUCUUGGAAAGCAUGUGUACCGAGGAACCCAUUUUUCAACAGAAUAUGAUUUUAAAAGCUCGGGGACCUGAUUACGAAGGUUUUGAACCGGAAGAAGCCUUAGCAGAUUUGAAGAAACGUGUCGAAUUUUAUAGGAAAUAUUAUGAGCCCAUUGACGAGCGUGAAGAAGCUCUUCCCUUAUUGCAAUAUGUAAAAGUCAUUAACGUGGGAAUUAAAGUCAUUACUCAUAAUAUUGAAGGAUUUUUGACUGGCCAAGCUGUCUACUUUAUGCUAAAUUUGAAUAUCCGAAAACGUCAAAUAUGGCUUACUCGACCUGGACAAUCUAACGACACGAUUGCAGGAAGAGUAGGAGGCAAUGCACCAUUAACGGAUCUUGGUGUACAAUAUGCUGAAGAUUUGGCAAAGUUUAUUGAUCGACAACGUGUGUUAUGGCAAUUACGAGAAACCACUGAGAGGUUGAAUGCUAAAAAGCCAACCUUUGAAGCGGAAGCCUUUAAUAUCUGGUCUUCUGUUCGUCAGCGUGCUACUGAAACGAGUCAGUUUUUUAAUCCAGGUGUAUACGAUGUCAAAAAAAUGCGAAUGUUGAAUGACUUGAAUUUUGGUUCCCGCGAAGGAUUAACAAUGAAAGAAUUUGCUGAAAAGUAUCCAGAGGAAUAUCAAGUUAUCCGUCGAAAAGAUGUUUCUUAUCGUUUCUCCGGACUUGGUGGAGAGAGCUACCUGGACGUUGUUCAUCGUUUACAGCCGAUCAUUGUUGAGCUGGAAAGAUGUUCUGGAAAUGUCUUAGUUAUUGCACAUCGAGUUGUCUCUAAUAUUUUGAUGACAUAUUUCCUUAAUUAUAGUCCAGAGGAAAUUAUUGAUGUAGGACUUCCUCUUCACACCCUUUAUUGUAUUGAGUCCGAUCGCUAUUCUACUGUCUGCAAAUUCUAUAAUUAUGAUCCCGAACAGAGGAGUUUUGUGAGAGUUUCUGAAAAAUGUGUGCCUUUAAUUAUAUUUCAUGAUUACAAUUUUAAUGUUUGUUAAGAACUUACCCUGAUAAAGAUUUUAGUACUGACACUAGAAAACACCAGGCAAUCUCUCCUUUUUAUUUACGCUCAUAACCUGCAAAAUGUAAUAAUAAAAUUCGAUUUCCCGUUACUAUUAAUAACUAGCAAAAUAAUGACUAUUACUUAUUUAAAUGACAAA